GACGUAACGCCCUACGCCCGUACUAUAAAAUACAUUUGUCUGACGUCAGCGCUCUCUUCCCUGCCUCGGCCCUCGUGUGGUGGGCAGUGUAAAACUUCCUGUCUGUUUUUUCCACCGAGCGAAUCCAAAACCAUCCGUCAAAAUGGUAAACUUUACAGUAGACCAGAUCCGUGCCAUCAUGGACAAGAAGUCCAACAUCCGUAACAUGUCUGUGAUUGCGCACGUCGAUCAUGGCAAGUCCACUCUGACCGACUCCCUGGUGUCGAAGGCUGGUAUUAUCGCCUCCGCUCGUGCUGGAGAGACCCGCUUCACAGACACACGAAAGGAUGAGCAGGAGCGUUGUAUUACCAUCAAGUCUACUGCCAUCUCCUUGUUCUAUGAGCUGGGUGAAAAUGACAUGGCCUUCAUCAAGCAGAGCAAGGAUGGAUGUGGCUUCUUGAUCAACCUGAUUGACUCCCCUGGACAUGUGGACUUCUCCUCUGAAGUGACUGCAGCUCUCCGUGUUACAGACGGAGCCCUGGUGGUCGUUGACUGCGUGUCUGGUGUAUGCGUCCAGACUGAAACGGUACUUCGUCAGGCCAUUUGUGAGCGCAUCAAGCCGGUCCUGAUGAUGAACAAGAUGGACCGUGCCUUGUUGGAGCUGCAACUUCAACCCGAAGACCUUUACCAAACUUUCCAGCGUAUUGUUGAAAACGUCAACGUCAUUAUUUCCACCUAUGGUGAAUUGGAGAAUGGUCCUAUGGGCAACAUCGAGAUCGAUCCAGUCAUCGGCACUGUUGGCUUUGGCUCUGGUCUCCAUGGAUGGGCUUUUACCCUGAAGCAGUUUGCUGAGAUGUAUGCUGCAAAGUUUGCUGCCAAGGGUAAUACCCAGAUGUCUGCAGCUGAACGCUGCAAAAAAGUGGAGGACAUGAUGAAGAAGCUGUGGGGUGACAGGUAUUUUGACGCAAACACCGGAAAAUUUUCAAAGAAUCAAAAUGGACCUGAUGGCAGCAAGCUCCCUCGCAGCUUUGUGCAUCUUAUCCUUGAUCCCAUCUUCAAGGUGUUUGAUGCCAUCAUGAACUUCAAAAAGGAAGAGACUGCUAAACUGAUCCAGAAGCUCGAAAUCAAGUUGGAUGUUGAAGAUAAGGACAAGGAGGGAAAACCUCUGCUGAAGGCUGUAAUGCGUCGCUGGUUGCCAGCUGGAGAGGCUCUCCUUCAGAUGAUCACCAUCCACCUGCCUUCCCCUGUCACUGCCCAGAAGUAUCGUUGUGAGCUCCUCUAUGAAGGACCUGAUGAUGAUGAAGCUGCUCUUGGUAUCAAGAAUUGUGACCCCAAGGCUCCUCUUAUGAUGUAUAUCUCCAAGAUGGUGCCUACUAGUGACAAGGGCCGCUUCUAUGCCUUUGGUCGUGUGUUUUCUGGUUCCGUUUCAACCGGUCUUAAAGUACGCAUUAUGGGACCAAACUUUGUCCCUGGAAAGAAAGAGGACUUGUACUUGAAGCCUAUUCAGAGAACCAUUCUGAUGAUGGGUCGCUAUACUGAGCCCAUUGAAGAUGUACCCUGUGGAAACAUUGUUGGUCUGGUUGGUGUGGAUCAGUUCCUGGUCAAAACUGGAACCAUCACCACCUUUGAAGGGGCGCACAACAUGAAGGUGAUGAAAUUCAGCGUCAGUCCUGUGGUGAGAAUUGCUGUGGAAGCCAAAAACCCAGCUGACCUCCCAAAGCUGGUAGAGGGCCUGAAGCGUCUGUCCAAGUCUGACCCCAUGGUGCAGUGCAUCAUUGAAGAGUCUGGCGAGCACAUCGUUGCAGGAGCUGGAGAGCUUCAUCUGGAGAUCUGCCUUAAGGAUCUUGAGGAGGAUCAUGCUUGCAUCCCACUCAAGAAAUCUGAUCCUGUGGUGUCCUACAGAGAAACUGUCCAGUCCGAGUCAAGUGUGAUGUGUCUAGCAAAGUCCCCCAACAAGCACAACCGCCUGUUCAUGAAGGCCCGCCCCUUCGAAGACGGUUUGGCUGAAGACAUCGAGAAGGGUGAGGUCACUGCACGUCAAGAGCAGAAGGCCCGUGCCCGCUACCUUGCUGACCAUUACGAGUGGGACGUCGGAGAGGCAAAAAAGAUCUGGUGCUUUGGUCCCGAUGGAACUGGACCCAACAUGCUGGUUGAUGUGACCAAGGGUGUGCAGUACCUCAAUGAGAUAAAGGACAGCGUUGUCGCUGGCUUCCAGUGGGCUGUUAAGGAGGGUGUCCUCUGUGAAGAGAACAUGCGUUCCGUCCGUUUUGAGAUCCAUGAUGUUACCCUACAUACAGAUGCUAUCCAUCGUGGUGGUGGUCAGAUUAUUCCCACUGCUCGCAGAGUUCUGUAUGCUUGUGAGCUUACAGCUGAGCCCAGAAUGAUGGAACCAGUCUAUUUGGUGGAGAUCCAGUGUCCUGAGGCUGCAAUGGGUGGAAUCUAUGGUGUGUUGACAAAGAGGCGUGGUCAUGUCUUUGAUGAGUCUAGUAUCAUGGGCACACCCAUGCGUGUGAUCAAGGCCCAUCUUCCGGUCAACGAGUCAUUUGGUUUCACAGCUGACCUUCGUUCCAACACUGGUGGCCAGGCUUUCCCUCAGUGUGUCUUCGACCAUUGGCAGAUCCUCCCUGGCGAUCCAAAGGAUCCCACCAGCAAGCCUGGUGUAGUGGUCACUGACACCCGUAAACGCAAGGGUCUCAAGGAAGGUAUCCCAGCCUUGGACAACUACCUGGACAAAUUAUAAUCACCUGGACCACUGCUUGGCAUUUUUCAUCAUUCAUUCCCCACCAAUUUUAGUCUACAUUGUGGGACUGGACUGUACAGAACACCGUGAGCACUAAAGUUUGCCAAAAGGAUUGACAUUAUAAAGUACAAAAAUUGUAAACUAAUAAAAGGAAAUAAACCCUG